UAUCUGUAUUUGGUAUUUAUUUCAAAUCGCCAGUAGUUCAUGACAUUAAACCACAGUCCAGUCCUCUAGAAGCUCUUGCACGCAGGCUUGUUUUAAUGGUUGCUGAUGGUUUACAUGCUGAUUCCUUUUUGGGGGCAGAUGAUUUAUUUAAAGCAAAUGCCUUGCACUUCAGGUAUGUAAUUGAGGAGAGGGGAGCAUGGGGUGUCUCUCAUACCAGAGUACCAACAGAAUCACGCCCUGGACAUGUGGCAUUAUUUGCUGGAUUAUAUGAGGACCCAUCUGCUGUAGCCAAGGGUUGGAAAGACAAUCCAGUAGAAUUUGAUGUUUUCAAUGAAAGUCGGUACACAUGGUUCUGGGGAAGUCCUGACAUACUUCCCAUGUUUGCCAAAGGUGCAAGUGGAAACCAUGUUUAUGUAGACAUGUAUGGCUCUGAAGUUGAAGAUUACUCUGGAAGAAGAUCCACAACAAGGCUUGAUACAUGGGUGUUCAAGAAGGUUGAGGAGUUUCUGAACCGUGCCAAGACAGAUGCUGUUCUUAAUCAAAAACUUAAUCAAGAUAAAAUUGAAUUUUUCCUACAUCUUCUUGGACUCGAUACAGCUUUUCAUACACAUAAACCAUAUUCAGUAGAAUACAAGGAGAACAUAAGAGUUGUUAAUGCAGGAAUCAAGAGAAUUGAGGAAAUGAUCGAAGAGUUUUAUCAACAUGACAGGAAGACAGCUUACGUAUUCACAUCUGAUCAUGGCAUGACAGACUGGGGUGAGGAACGCAUUAUAUGCUUUCUAUACAAGGUAUCAUUGUAAGAAUUCAGGAAUGGAUAAUCUCCUCAAAUGUAAGGAAAACAUAAAUGCACCAAGGAUGGCAGAUCCUAAAUUGGAAGAUGUGCUGAAAUA